UCCAUAUUUUAUUGAAUUUACCGCAGACAGAGUUCAUAAGUCUAGCUUGAUUAUAUUCGGUUGGUUACUGGACUUUAUCAGCAUGUCCUGUCCGAUAGAAAUGACUGAGCUGUAUGACAACGCGUUACUGGGGAUUCUGCAGCAUGUUGGAAACAUACAGAAUUUUCUACAGAUCUAUUUCGGGUUUUUAUACAGAAAAACUGAUUUUUAUCGACUGUUGGACAGUCCUAAUGAUCGGAUGGGUUUCCCACCUGGAGUAGCAGAAAAGAUGGUCCAUAAGACUUUUAGGCUGUUUGAGAAGCUGGCAGCACAGGACAGAGAGAGGAUGCAAAAGCUGGCCCAAGAAACCAAAGCUCCACCUGCAGUAGAAGAAGUUGAAGUAGAAUCACAGGCAGAAAAAGCCGCUCCUUCUGAAAAUGAGCAGGUACCCAUGUGCGCUGAAGCCUCGUCUACGGAUCAGUCCAUACCUGCCAGCACAGAGUCUGUGCAGGGAAGUGAAAUGAACGAGCCGCCUGCAGAGAGUGAACAGCCCACAACAGCACCUGCAGCUGCAGAAUCUGCAACGUCAGCCACUCCAGAUUCUUCUACAGCUGCCUCCAGCCAGACCAGUUUCCAGACAAACCCAGACAGCUACAACGGUGCUGUCCGGGAAAGCUACAGCUGGUCGCAGGACUACACAGAUGUGGAAGUUCGAGUUUUUGUCCCACCUGGCAUAGUCAAGGGCAGACAGGUGUCUGUCAGUCUUCAGUCUGGAAGUGUACGGGUAGCGGUGAAGGAGGGAGCGUCUGAAAGAGUCCUGAUGGAAGGCGAGUUCAAGCACAAAAUCAACUCUGAGAAUUCCUUGUGGAGUCUGGAACCGGGCAGUUGUGUACUGCUCUCUCUCAAUAAAACCGGGGAAAUGUGGUGGAGCGCCGUGCUAAAAGGAGAGCAGGAAAUCGACGUGAACCAGAUCAACCGUGAACGCACCAUGGCCACUGUGGAUGAGGAGGAACACGCGGUGCUGGAUCGACUUACCUUUGACUAUCAUCGGAAACUGCAAGGAAAGCCUCAGAGCCAUGAGAUGAAAGUCCAUGACAUGCUGAAGAAGGGCUGGGAUGCUGAGGGAUCACCAUUUAAAGGCCAGCAGUUUGACCCAUCCGUGUUUGACAUACCGCCGAGCGCUGUCCAGUUCUAAACUUGGGUCGAGGCUGGUCGGCGAACCAACUGUCUACAUCAUAAACACUGGAGCACUGACAGCUGUUUGCAACAUGAUGAACAACACAACAGCACUGCAAAAGCUUUCCUACAUUUAAAUUCGUAAUAUGUUGAUAAUUUCCUUGAAUUUUUAGGGUUCAGUCAUGCCCGAUUAUUUCGAAAUUUUUAUACCAUGAUUGUGCAAAUGGUAGAAUUUGCAAUAUCACUGUAUGAAGUAUGGCUGGGGACGUAAGAGAUAAAUGUAACCAUCAGUAUGUGGUAAAGCUCUGUAAGAAUUCACAGCCAGACAAGUGCGUCGUGCAUAUAGCAGAAUGAACUAGAGUACACAGGGGAAUUGAUUAUAUCCAAGUUGGGACAGUGCAAAAAAGGGGGCAGGAAACUAAUCAGCCAUAACAUUAAAACCACCUCCUUGUUUCUACACUCACUGUUUAUUUUAUCAGCUCCACUUACCAUAUAGAAGCACUUUGUAGUUCUACAAUCAUUGACUGUAGUCCAUCUGUUUCUCUGCAUGCUUUGUUAUCCCCCUAUCAUGCUGUUUUUCAAUGGUCAGGACCCCCACAGGACCACCACAGAGUAGGUAUUAUUUGGGUGGUGGAUCAUUCUCAGCACUGCAGUGACAUGGUGGUGGUGUGUUAGUGUGUGUUGUGCUGGUAUGAGUGGAUAAGACACAGCAAUGCUGUUGGAGUUUUUAAACACCUCAGUGUCACUGCUGGACUGAGAAUAGUCCACCAACCAACAGCGUCCUGUGACCACUGAUGAAGGACUAGAAGAUGACCAACUCAACACAGCGGCAAUAGAUGAGCGAUCGUCUCUGACUUUACAUCUACAAGGUGGACCAACUAGGUAGGAGUGUCUAAUAGAGUGGACAGUGAGUGGACACGGUAUUUAAAAACUCCAGCAGCACUGCUGUGUCUGAUUCACUAAUACCAGCACAACACACACUAACACACCACCACCAUGUCACUGUCAUGUCAGUGCUGAGAAUGAUCCACCACCUAAAUAAUACCUGAUCUUCUGUAUGGUAAGUGGAGCUGAUAAAAUGAACAGUGUGUGUAGAAACCAGGAGGUGGUUUUAAUGUUAUGGCUGAUCAAUAUAAAAAUACGUUUUACAUGUAUUGUACAGUUCUGGACAUGUGUUCUUGUGCCAUGUUGAGUAUUUUGUGACGCUUCGGAAGUUGCUUAUUAGUGAUACUCAUAUUCAAGUCGUAUUUCUGCUUCACAACUUUUUUUGAUUGUUUUUAUGCCUGAGUUAAAUAAAGUGAAUAACAAAACCAA